AUGUUUUCUGGUGUGAAAUUCAUUCCCCGUGACCAGAUACGGAGAAGGAAAAGAGAUCUUGAUGGUACUUCAUCAAAUGAUGAUUCUGGUGAGAGGUCUAAAAGAAAAUCAAGAUCUGCCGAAACUGCCGUAAGUAAUACAAGAAAAGACAUGGGUUUAGCUUGGAUGCUUAGGCCUGAAAGUAAGAGGCCUGCAUUUUUCGAAACAGAAUUGUCAGAGGAAGUUCCUAUUCAAGUGUCAAAGAAGGUGAAUCCGAAGGAAUUGAACCCAUAUCUAAAGGAUAAUGACAGCGGUUAUCCAGAAGAAAGUGACGGGGCUAAAGUUGGUGCAGACAAACUUCUAUCUUCUUCCCUUGUUGGGGACCGGUUCCAGCAAAAGAUAAAUGGAAACCGGUUCUUGACCCAGCAAGAGCGCUGCCUCUUAUGCUUAGAGAAUCCGAAUCGGCCUUUGCAUUUGAUCGUGUCCAUCGCUAACUGGACUUAUCUUAUGCUGCCACAGUGGCAGCUCGUGGUGCCUGGUCAUUGCUGCAUUUUACCCAUCCAUCAUGAAUCAGCUACAAGAAGUGUGGAUGAUAAUGUGUGGGUCGAAAUUCGAAACUUCAAGAAAUCUUUAAUUACGAUGUUUGCAAAGCAAGGGAAGGAGGUAGUGUUUCUUGAGACACUGCUAGGGUUGGCGGAACAACGACGCCACUGCAUGAUUGAAUGUAUUCCUUUACCCCAACAUAUUGCUAAACAGGCUCCUUUAUUCUUUAAAAAGGCAAUUGAUGAAGCUGACGAUGAGUGGAGCCAGCACAAUGCAAAGAAACUUAUUGAUACAAGCCAAAAGGGGUUGCGCAAUUCAAUUCCGGAGCAUUUCCCGUAUUUCCACGUCGAAUUUGGUCUGAACAAAGGUUUCGUCCAUGUUAUUGAUGACGAAAAACUGUUCAAGAGAAGCUUCGGGUUGAAUGUGAUAAGAGGCCUGCUUUACCAAAGAAUGGGAACCUUUCGACUGGACAAAACAACUUCAUGAAA